AAACCCCAUUCAAAGAAAAAAAAAAAAAUCAAAAAUUUGAAUUUGAAAUAUAAAAUAUAAAAUUUUGAAUUUGAAAUUGCGUACGAUGGAUACGUUCUUCGUCUCCCACGGUUCGCCGACGCUCGCGGUGGACGAGAGCAUCCCCGCGCGGGGCUUCCUCCGCUCAUGGCGAUCUAGGGUUUUGGAGGCCGCGCCCAGGGCGAUCCUCGUCGUCUCCGCCCAUUGGGACACGCGCGACCCCGCCGUUAAUGGCGCCGUUGAUGGCGCAGCCCCCCACGACACCAUCCACGACUUCUACGGUUUCCCCACGCCCAUGUACCAGCUGAAGUAUCCUGCACCCAGUGCGCCGAACUUAGCAAAGAGGGUGAAAGAGCUUCUGGAAGGAGCCGGGUUUGGCCGUGUGAGGGAGGACGCUAGUCGCGGGCUCGACCACGGCGCGUGGGUCCCUCUCAUGCUCAUGUACCCUGAGGCGAACAUCCCGGUAUGCCAACUCUCUAUUCAAAGCAGAAAGGGUGCUGCGUAUCACUAUAACAUGGGGAAAGCAUUGGCUCCCUUGAGAGAUGAAGGGGUUCUUGUUCUCGGGUCCGGGAACGCUACACAUAAUUUGAGGAGCAUUGGGCCGGACGGCGGUCCGAUCGCCAAGUGGGCCGAGGGUUUCGACACAUGGCUUAAAGAAUCUCUCAUUAACGGAAGACACGACGAUAUAAACAACUUCGAGGAGAGGGCGCCGUACGGUAAAAUGGCGCACCCGUGGCCGGACCACUUAUUCCCUCUUCACGUAGCUCUCGGCGCCGCGGGCGUGAAAGCCAAGGCCGAGCUUAUUCACCACAGCUGGACAAACUGCACCAUCUCAUAUGCCUCCUAUCGGUUCUCGACUUCCUCCGAUUGAUCGGUACUGAGCUAUUACACCGAGAACUACUGAAUUGUGUUGUAUUUUUGUAAUAAUUUUUAGGUCUUGUAUGAGAUACUCGACGAUGGAUGUGCUUUUAGUAUUCGGAUUUGUAUACAAAGGCUGUGUAAUUGAUGAUUGAUAAGUAUUUUGAUGAGUAAAUCAUUUGGCAAUAAAAGGUGCAGUUCAAAUUUAUGUCA